UCGCAGCCGCACUCAUAGACAGGACUGUGGAGUGUGCAAAGGAGGGAGAGGGAGGGAGAGAGAGAGAGAGAGAGAGAGAAAGAGAGAGAGAGAGAACGAGCGAGGAGGAGAGGUGGAGGGAAUACAGUUUGGAUACUGGAAAACUACCAAGCGCGCACUGCACGUACCGAGCGGAAGGCACAUCGACGGUGCGUAGCCAACAUUACCUACCCCCCGUCCCCUGCGAUCGGAUUCAGGCGAGAAUGGAGCUCCCUGCCGCCGGAGAGCACGUCUUUGCGGUGGAGGGCAUCGAAAAGAAGCGCAUCCGCAAGGGCAAGAUCGAGUACCUGGUCAAGUGGCGAGGCUGGUCUCCCAAAUACAACACAUGGGAACCAGAGGAAAACAUCCUUGACCCGCGUCUCCUCGUCGCCUUUCAACACAGAGAGAGUCAGGAGCAGCUGAUGGGAUAUCGCAAACGGGGGCCAAAACCAAAACAUCUUUUACUCCAGGUACCCUCAUUUGCCAGAAGAUCCUGUAUCCCUGCAGGUUUUGAGGAAUCAUCUCAGGAUACAGAGGUUAACGUCAAGUCCGAUCCCGUCCCGGUCCAGCGUCCUCAGCCUCAACAGUACCAGCUCAACAGCAAGAAGCACCAUCAGUACCAGCCCAGCAGCCAGGAGGUCCCUGCUGACCAGCCAACCAAUGGCAAGAAGAAGUUCAUCUACCAGCUCAACAGUAAGAAGCACCACCACUAUGAGCCGGACCCGAACAUGUAUGACGCUCAGGCUUCCAGGCUCAAAGAGGUGGUCAAAGUUCAGGAACUGGCCAGUAAACCGGCAAAUCCUGGCUGGAACUUACCGCUGGCCCUGCAGCAGAAAUGGGUUCGAGACAAAGACACAGGCUGCUUGAGCAAAGUCAAAGAGUUGGAAGUGGAGGUGAGGAAACCAGCUGUUAAAGACGCUAAAAGUGAACAAGCCCUUAAACCCAAUCCUAAGCAGGCAACCUUGCCUAGCGCUGUUAGCAGCAAAAUGAAGAUAAUCAAGAACAAAAACAAGAAUGGACGUAUUGUUAUUGUCAUGAGCAAAUAUAUGGACAGCAACAAGGUUCAUGGAGCAAAGGGUAAACACGGGGAAUCAUCGAGCGAAGUGAAACACCAAAACACCAAACCUCUAGAGAACAAUCCAGCACACACAACCAAAAUGAUGGAGCACCCGGAGAACGGUAUCCCCAAAGAGCUCUGUAACGGCAGCUCCCUCCCUGCCGCAGAGCAUCCUUUAAAGUGUUCCCCAAAGGACAGACAUUUCUCCAAACCUUCGCCAAGCACAGCAGAGGAAUACAACACCGAAGUGGCUCGCGGUCAGGCCGAUUUACCGGAUGAUCUACCCCUUCAGUUGACCGCUAGCUCGCCCCUGACGUCCUGGGCUGUUGACACCAACAUCGCGACCCCUACAUCCGUCGACCAGAUCAGGAUCCCUUCUUUCCCCAACGACCGCAAGCGAAAGCUAUCAGAUCAUGUUGAGGACAGGAGUGUCUCCAAAACCUACCUGACUUCAAGAAGCUUCAGUGUCCCCAGCACUGUAGUCAUGCCAACUCAGGACAAACCUAUGGACCUCCACUGUAGCGGCCCACGCCACAGCAGCACAUGUACAUAUGAGGUUGUGGACUCUGGCAGCCAAGAGGAGCCGAUGGACCUGAGCUGCCCAAAGACUAAGAAUCAGGUGGAGCUAGAAAUACAGCCGGAGCCUGAGCUUGUUGUCACAAACACACCUCCUGUGACAGAAGACACACAGAAAUCCACAGAGAAAUCUAAAGAAGCACCUGUUGAAAAAACCUCCCCUUUUAUGGGAAAUAUCAUAAUCACUGACAUCACAACAAACAGUCUCACCGUCACCUUCAAGGAAUAUGGCAUGGAUGAAGACGCCAUCAACAAGGCCUUUGAAGAAACCAGUGUUGGGAUUUAUGUUAUUAAAGAACAUGCUUCAAGUGAUGAACCAGGGGACAUUGGUAUUGUCCUUGAAGGCAUCAAGAUGUUGCAAGAUCUUUAUAAUGUAGCAUUACCUGUUGCUACGCUGUUUGGACUAAUGGGGGGGUCCGUGGACCGCUCUGACUUUGAUUGUCCCACUGUGCCAGACAUUCCUGUACAGCAGCCAGAGCAGCGGGACUCCGCCCCUUCACUCAGAAACCCGGAGCACGUAGCAACAACCGAGCCAAUGUGCUCCACCACGAUCCGUCCUACCGACUGCGGUGCCUGGCAACAGAAAAAAGACGUGAUGACGUCCUCUCCAGAUUGCAUCAUGGAGCUCUCGGCUGUUGGUGAGAGCGUCUUCGCAGCCGAGUCUAUCAUUAAACGGCGGAUCAGACGGGGUCGCUGGGAAUAUCUCGUGAAAUGGAAGGGCUGGUCUCAGAAGUACAGCACUUGGGAGCCGGAGGAAAACAUUCUGGAUGCACGUCUCUUCGCUGCCUUCGAGGAGAGGGAGCGCGAAAGGGAGCUGUUCGGGCCGAAGAAGAGGGGUCCCAAACCUGAGACAUUUCUCUUGAAGGCCAAAGCCAAAGAAAAGGCGUAUGAAUUUAGAAGAGAGGCGCCCAGGGGGAUCCAGGUUUCCUAUCCCAUCCCGGAGCCUGUCAUAACACCAAGGGCCCGGGAGGGUUUACGCGCCGUGGUUCCCACAAUAUUCCCACCGAGCGCGGUCAACAGAGGUGAAAGUGUCCACAUCCGACCACCAGAGCCAGAGAGGAGGCCCAGACCGACUCCAACAGCUUCUCUGACAGUCCGAGAAGCCGUCCGGUUCCCCAAAAAGAGAGGGCGCAAACCCAAGCUGCAGUUACAUUAUGAGAAAGAUCAUGAAGGCAGCUCAGCAGAGCCGGACACCAAACGGAGCAGGUCACUGGAGGAGCCGGUGUCACACGGUUUGUCCAACAUGUCCCGACGCUUGUUUCAUCACGGAGAGACGUCAGAUCACAGCCUCAUCCAGCUGACUAGGAGGUUUCAGGAGAAGACCACGAUAACACCCAAACACAGCCGCGAGCAGAGACACGCAGGGUUGUCUUACAGCUGCGCAUUCAGUCCAGAUGUGCUGAAAAGUGAUCAGGGGGGAGACAGGACUCAGUGUUUGAGCAGGAUGUCUAUUCCUCGGCCCAGCAGCUCUGCAGAACACCGCAGACAUCAGGUGAAAGAGUGCUGUCUGCCCCCGGAACAACCGGCGGUCAUCUCCACACAGUCCGAGUCCAUCCAUGAUCAGUCCACGCGACCAGCCUCGUCCUGGACCCCCAGUUACACCAACCUGGACACUGUGACCGUGACAGAUGUCACCAUGAACUUUUUGACAGUAACCGUGAGAGAGAGCAGAACGGAGAAAGGCUUUUUCAGAGAGAAAAGAUGAGUAUGCUUCGGAUAUAGGUCAGAAAAGGCUAAUAUGCGUAAAUAAUUGUUUAAGAAGCUAACUAACAAGCCUACUGUAAUACUAUAUUUUUUUCUAUACUUUCAAACGUGUGCAUACAGAUAUUUAAUAUGCUGAAAAUAAAAAAAAAUGAAAGUGA